GUACCAGAAGAGGACGAAGUUGCGAAACUCCCGAGUAAGGAGGGAGCUACUCUGCAAGCCUGCUGAAAGAGGAGAGCUAAAAAACAAAAAACCGCAAAAUAACCUUAAAAAAACGUAAACGCCAAUCCUCCAAAAACUACGUGUACUGGAAGACUUUUUUGUAACGCUGAUAAUUUAUUAUAUGUGAAGAAAGUAUUUAUACUUUUUUUUCCUAUUUGCACUAACUAACGGUACUUCAGAACUACUGAGAAUCUUUAUUUUUUACAAAAAAGUAAGAAAAAAUAUCACACCCUGUGGAAGGACACCACUUACACAAAACCAGCACUUUUGAUUUUUUGAUUUGAUUGAUUUUUUUUCCCUAACCUGUUUCAUCCAAGUUCUGGUUGCUUUUGCCAUCCCGACUGGAGAGAGCAGCUGUGUUGCCAAACACGGAUAAACAAAGCAGACCCAGUGGACACGUUCAAGGUCAGACACAAAUAAUCUUGUUGCAUCGGGUAAACUUCAGCAGUUAGCUAUGCAGCUUGAAAUCCAAGUAGCCCUCAACUUCAUCAUCUCAUACCUGUAUAACAAGCUGCCCAGGCGGCGAGUCAACAUUUUUGGCGAGGAGCUGGAGCGGCAGCUGAAGCAGAAAUAUGAAGGACACUGGUACCCGGACAAGCCAUACAAAGGUUCAGGAUUCAGAUGCAUCCACGUUGGGGAGAAGGUUGACCCCGUGGUGGAGAAGGCAGCCAAAGAGAGUGGGCUGGACAUUGAAGAUGUCCGCAACAACCUUCCCCAGGACCUCAGUGUGUGGAUUGACCCCUAUGAGGUGUCCUACCAGAUUGGGGAGAAGGGGCCCGUCAAAGUGUUGUACGUCGACGACAGCAACGAAAGUGGAAGUAGCAAUGUGGGACUUGAUUUGGACAAGGAGAUCAAGAACAGUUUCAAUCCGGACGCGCAGGUCUUCAUGCCCAUCAAUGAGCCUGUGAAUGGCGCCUCCCCGGGGUCCAGCUCGCCCUCCCCACCUUUUGGCCACUCAGCAGCAGUCAGCCCCACCUUUAUGCCCCGCUCCACGCAGCCUUUAACCUUCACAACAGCCACCUUUGCUGCCACCAAGUUUGGCUCCACUAAGAUGAAGAGCAGUGGACGCAACAAUGGCGGCAGUGGUGCUGGGAACAAGGUGGCACGUACCUCUCCCACCAACCUGGGCCUGAAUGUGAACAGUCUCCUGAAACAGAAAGCCAUCUCCACCUCCAUGCACUCUCUGUACGGGUUGGGCCUCGGCGCGCCGCAGCAGCAGCACCAGAAGCCCUCGGCACUCUCCCCCAAUGCCAAGGAAUUUGUGUUCCCCAGCCUGCAGGGCCAGGGCAGCCAGAGUGCUCUUUUCCCCAGCGACAGCUCGCUCAGCCUCAGCCCGCUGCAGUACAGCAAUGCCUUUGAUAUGUUUGCGGCCUACGGUGGCCUUAAUGACAAGUCGCUUAUGGAUGGCUUGAAUUUCAGCUUGAGCAACAUGCAGUAUUCUAACCAGCAAUUCCAGCCAGUUAUGGCCAACUAGUACACGUGAAGGUACUACUUAAGCUACUACUUCAUACAGAAACGACCAGAGAUAAUGUGAUAGGGGGAAACAAACACAAAUGCACAUUUCAAAACAGAAAUAAAAAAAAAAAUAAAAAAAAGUAAACAAGAACAGAAUGUCAAGUAUAAAAGGAAAAAGUGACUUGUCACCUGUAAGAUCUAUGUUACGAGUCUAAGAGCAUGAGCCCGAGGGUGAAUUAUUUUGCCCCCUUGAGUUAUACCUUUUUUUUUUUUCCUUAAUGAAGCUUGUAGUACAAAAUGUCCAAGCUUGGUUACCUAAACUUCAACAUGCAUCAUUGUUAUUUCUUUUGCCAACCAAGCACAAAAUAUUUUUUUUAUGUGACUGUUUUAAAAAAAUAUAUAUAUUAAAAAAAAAGACAAAAAAGAGAAAAAAAAACACCACCACAAGUCAUGGCCUCUUUUCAGUAUUUAAACAUAACUGGACAUCGCCAAUUUUUUUGGUUUUGUUUUGUUUUUUUCAAGAGAUUGGCAUAAAUAAGUGGGAUUUCCUGGUCUUUUUCUAAUUGUAUAAUUUAAUUUAGUACAGAGUUUGUAAAAUAUCAGAGUAUCUAUUGUUUCUACGACAUGGUAUUGCAUUUAUAUCUUUUUACUACUCCAGUGAUCUGUGAUGGCUGCAGCAACUUUAUGUUUUCUUUUUUAUUGAAAUAAAAAAUGAAUUCAUCAUUUAAAAAAAAAAAAAUGUUAAAAAAAAUUGACUAUCCUAAAGAUUGUGUACAGAAUAUUCCGUAGUGGUGGGAUAUAAGAAUAUUUGCUUUCUUUCUUUCUUUUUUUUUCCAAAAAAAAAUACAUGAGAGUUGUAUUUUCUGUUAAGAGUUUAAAAGAUUUUUGCUAUAUUAUGGACAAAAUGUAAUCGUAUAUUAAUUUUGUACCUACAUUGUGCAAUACUUGAUAAAAACAAACGGUAUAACAAAGUAUUCAGAGUCAGUGUCUUACAUGUUAAGAGAGACUGAUGGUUUAUUAAGUUUGUAUUAAAAAGCUUGAAAAUAA